GUGACCAUACGUACGUAAACAAACCAUCUCAUGCAAAAUAGUCAGCACAGUUUGCUGCGGGCUAUAGCUAACAGCAGCAAUAUAGUCCAUGACUGAACAUAGCUACAUUUCCCGAAAAUGAAGACGGCAUUGCGGUGGUAAAUAUAUCCGUAACAUUUACAAUAAGUAGUGAAACCUCAGACUCGAUGCCAGUAGCCAGAAGAGCUAUAAUUUAGCUAGCGCUUGAACCGCAGUGCCAUCAUCAUGGCAUCCUCACUGCGAAGCGAAGUCCGCUCUGGCGAAGGGACUUUGGGAGCGCUGCCCGGGGCUCGGCCACAGCUUCGCUCGCACCUCCUACACGCCACAAACACCACAGGUUCCCCUGGGUCUCAAAUGGUGGAGUCUGUGGACGAUGCGGAGGGUUUGUAUGUCGCCGUGGAGCGAUGUCCUCUUUGCAACACCGCCAGGCGCAGGCUGACGUGCGCCCGAUGCAUCCAUGCAGGCGAUUUUAUAUACUUCGACGGUAGAAACCCUGAACGAUACACGGACAAAUUGGAAAGACUUAAAAUGCUGAAGGUGGAGAAAGAACGUUUCCAACACAUGGUCAUUACAGCCAUGGACAAGAAAGUCCAGGCAGAUCAGCUGAAAUGGAAGAUCAUGUCAUGCAAGAUGAAAAUAGAGCAGCUGAAGGAGGCUAUUGGUUGUGGGAAUGAAGAGGUGAAAAGUGGUAAGGACCUGCUGCUUCGCUCCCAAGAGGAGAGCCAGAGGCUGCAGCGGCGGGCCAGCCGCCAUCAGGAGAAGAGGGACAAGAUAGAGAGACACAACCUGCGGCUGGGAGAGCUGCUGGAGAAGAGGGGCAAGGAGCUGCAGGGUCGUCUGGAGCACCUGGCUGAGGUCCGCAGAGGACACAUCCUGGAGCUCACCGCUCACAUCUUCCCCACACAGGAGGAGAAACAGGGUAGCAGGGACCCAGCAGACGUAUUGUCGGAGUGUGACUUGGCCCUGACCUCCAGCACAGUGAGUGAGUUGGCUGAGGCCCGCCGUACUACCUACCUGUCAGGGCGCUGGAUCUGGGAUGACCAGAAUGGAGAGACCUCCAUUAGCAUCACUGGACCCAGGGUCACGCUGCCCAGCAACGGGGACUGCUCCCCCUAUUACAGCUGGGUGGAGGAGAAGAGCACCAACGAGGGGCCUGAGCUGGACCACAUCAACCCAGCCCACACCAUCAGUGCAGCCCUCUGUUUUGCUACCCAGCUCAUCAACAUCCUCUCUCACAUCCUGGAUGUCAAUCUGCCCAAGAAGUUGUGUAACAGUGAGUUCUGUGGUGACAGUCUGAGCAGGUACAGGUUCACCCGGGCUGUCACUAAGCUCAACACCAACAUCCUUCACCUCUGCUUCUCACAGCAUGUUGAGAGUGAGCUGCUGCACCCUCACCACACCCUGAGGAACAUCAUGUUCCUUGUCUCUCCUGACAACAAAAACCUGGGCAGGACGGGUCCGUACGAGGUGACUGCUGACCUGGAGGACUCCAUGGAGUUUGUUGAGCCGGAGGCGGCCGGCCCGGCAGAGGAAAGCGGGGAUGAGAUGGUGACGGAUGAGGAGACAGACCUGGGGACAGACUGGGAAACGGUCCCCAGCCCACGCUUCUGUGACAUCCCCUCCCAACCCAUGGACCUGUCCCAGAGCACGGCCAUGCAGGUGUCCCAGCCCGUGGGCCAGGCCGGGGGCAUGAUCUCCUCAGCAGCAGCAUCCGUCACCUCCUGGUUUCGGGCCUACACCGGCCAGCGCUGAGGGAGCCUGGGGACUCACUGGCCAGGGUCGUAUAUAUUAGAGCACACUAGAAAAACGUUUUGCAACGUAGAAUAAAAACAAGUGUUUUUUUUUUAUUGAACAAGUUCAGGUAGUGUUUCAGUCUGUUUGGUGUCUAAUGAAUGCACCCCAGGACUGGCUGGAGCUAUGCAGCACUGCCACCGACCACCACACAGAGACUGUUCUGUUCUGGCCUAUGCCUGUAGUCAGCCUGCAGUCCUGGUCCACUACCACCAAGAAGGGAUAUUUGUUUUUACUAAAUUGCAUGACUGAAUCCCUGUCAUUGACAGCAGUGAUUUUUCUGGUAAAAAAUGGUUAUAGUGUGAAAGACUGUCGCUUGGGGAGGGUGUUAUUCAAAGAGUAGUCUCACAACUCUCGGCCAUCUGCACGCUCCAUCCCAGUGGUUGUGAGAAGACAAUUCAAAGAGAGACUGGAGCUUCUGUUGCUUUCCCGUGUACCCAUCCAUAUUGUCGGUUCUUAAUGUUUCUUUACUACAUCCCAAAUGAUACCCUAUGCCUUAUAUAGUGCACAACGUUUGACCAGAGCCCUACGGGCCUUGGUCAAAAGUAGUGUACUACAUAAGGAAUACAUAGGGACUUCCUUCCUGCUGCAUUACAACAAAAUGGUUUGUGUAAGGAUUGUGUUUUGAAGACUGACGAAUGCCAAACAAGGGGCAUGACCUUAGUUAUUCUCACUAAAUGAUGGCAUGGCACUUUGUUUUACUUCAAAUGCUGUUUACUUACCAGGUGUGUGUGGUGGUGGUGGUGGUGGUGGUGGUGGGGGGGGGCGCACAAACUUGACUGCAGCAGUUCAAUGUUGGGGAGAGAGAUGAACUAGUGGCAUUUGUUUUCCUCAGAAGGGUAGAUUUAUACUAUUUAUAGUAACGUGGGUGCCUAAAACCUCAUUGGUGUGUUUUGUGGGUCUUUAUACAGGUGAUUCGAACAGUGACAUAGGUGGCUUAAAUGAUAGGAUAGGACACAAUACAGUUGUGGUCUGAAGUUCACAUACACCUUAGCCAAAUACAUUUAAACUCAGUUUUUCACAAUUCCUGACACUUUGGAAGUAUGCUUGGGGUCAUUGUCCAUUUGGAAGACCCAUUUGCGACCAAGCUUUAACUUC